AUGGAAGAAAUAUGUGGAGUUGCGUUGCUUUGCGUCAGUCACGUCUCUCGUUUGUUUGCGGGAGGAACGUCCCACGCCGUCGGCAGGGAUUCCAACUACCUUGGAUCUGCAGGUUUACUACGGUUUGAUUUCCACCAUGGCAAUUUUGUGCGCUGGCUUGGUGGCGAAUAUGUCAAUCAAGGUCGGGAUUUCAAUGCCGAAUGGGAUAUUAUCCAAAAGACAAUGGAUGGCAAGACCGUUCCAAAAGAAUAUCCUCCUGUGAAAUUUGACAUGGUGUACCGUAUCCAAACUGAGGGAGCUCCACUACGUGCAAACUAUACAACUCCAAUGGAAGCUACUAUCUUACGAAAUGCCUACAAUAACGGACAAGGUCGAGGAGAAAUUUGCGAAGGAAGAUGGGUUUUUGACAAAGGAAAAGGUCGCAUUUGCAUCGAUUGCUCCAAUGGUCCGGAUAAGGACGGUUCAGUGAACACGCACAUCCCAAAGGAAAACCUGGAAUUGGAAUGCCCUCCUGUUUUCUAUCAGUUUGCAUUUAACCGGUUUUUGCGACAUUUGUUGGGCAUGCAAGUUACGAGACCGAACAGUCCCAUUCUGGUUCAUGCUGAUGACAUUGAAGCUGCUUUUCGACGUGUAUUGUACCAUCCUGAUGUUGCUGUGGCAUUUGCUUAUUUAUAUUCGGACUAUCUGAUUGUCCCGGUGGGUCAAGUUUUUGGUUCACGCAAUGCACCGUCCUUCUAUUGCGUCUUGGCCGAUUUGCGUGAAGUUAUUUUUGCAUGUCGGGAGGAUGUGCCUUUUGAAGCUUUACACAGUCUGGUACAAGAAUGUGAUUUGGAAGUGCACCAAGAAUCAUCUUUGAUGACUGUCCCAUCUGAUUCCCAUUAUCCUCCUCUCUCUACUGACGAAUUGUCACGGAUGUACAAUGCCAGUUAUGUGGAUGACAAUGCGGUGGCAGCGUUUCUUGAUGCAAUUGAUCAAGCCGUUCAUCACAGUGUGAUGUCAGCAUUUGAGGUCUUUGGAUCCGAUUUUCGAAGAGGUCAUCCCUUGCAACAAGCCAAGUGGGUGAAAACAGAUUCGGAAUCUUUUGUGUUCUUGGGUUUUCGGAUUGACACUCGCGAUAUGACUGUCUCUUGGCCUCUCGAUAAGCCCUCAGCCAUUGCUCCAUGGGGAACUUUCCUCAGUUUCAAUUUACAGAAUGCCCUAACAGCGACAGCUAAGAAUGCCUUCUCUGAUAAACGAAAAUGGUGGACCCGUUCGAGAAUUUACCUCUCGACAGUAGCUGUGGCUACCAUCAAUCAACUACUUGAAACACUGCUUGCACCAGAGGAUAGUCCCUUGUGGACUCGGCCGAUUGCCUUGUAUUUGGAUUGUGAUUUCACCCAUAAGGUGUAUUUGGAUGCCAUUAUGGGCGGUUUGGGUGGUUGGAGCGAAGAUUUCAGUUUCCUUUGGCGCGUUGCCCGUGAAACCAUGGUGGAAGCCGGUUUUUCGAUGCGCGAAAUCGUUAUCAAAUCUGACAAUCCUGACAGUGUUGAUGGAUUCCUACAUAUCAAUCCUUUGGAAUAUGUUGGCGCAUUGAUUAAUCUAUGGCUUUCUUUGAAAUGUGUGAUGAUCCUUGGCCCCAUUGAUGGUGGCUAUAUUUUGGCAUUGUUGGUGGACAACAUGACAGCGCUUUCAUGGAUGACGCUUGCUGCUCGAACGAAAGACCCUAUGCUCCAAGGCUUGGCUCGUUUGGGUGCUGCUCUUCUUGUUCGUGCUUCUGAAUUACUAACAAAAGUUUGUCCUACUCAUAUCCCGGGCGAACAGAACGGACCAGCGGACGCUAUCAGUCGCCCUCAAAAACGCGAAAAUUGCUCUCUGGACUCCGUUAUCGCAACAUGGUCCCAACUACAGACGUGUCGCAUUUGCCUCCUUCCUUACGAUCUUCUAUCCACAAUUGCGUCAGUGAUCUCAUGUCCACCGAUAGGGGGUCAGUACGAGCCCAUAACGAUGCAACUUUUGAAACUCGAGCCCAUCUUUUUGCCACUUGGUAUGCCAGAAUGGGACUCACCGAGCACCAUUUACGAACACUAA